GUCAAGUUGCAAGAAGACAACUCUCAAAGGUCAGAAGAGAACAAACCUGGUCAGUCCCAGUGGGUCCUUGCCCAGACUGUCACGUAUUUAUGGCACAGCCAUGCUAGUCUUCUCCUGCCAUUGCAAUUCUUGCAGAAGCAUAUCCUCUUCUAUUCUUCUCGUACUACCUUCCAAAAAUUUCCUUGCCGAGUGUUCGGUGUUCUGGGCUCUUUAUGCAGACUUCUGCCGAUCAAACUGAAGUCUUCCACUGAUCAGUUAAUCUGCAGGUAGCUACCAACAUCUCUUUUGUAUGUCUGAAGAUCUCAAUUCCAAGUACGAGAGGUUGUAAAGAAUAGCAAUGGGUUGCUUCUGUGUGUUCCGGAGGAAGAAGAAUUCCAGAAGCCAGAUUGUGCAGCAUGACCAAGACAUCCUUAUCACUGGCAACGUGAAAAUCUACUCGUUCAAGAAGCUAAGAAAAGCCACAAGAAAUUUCUGCCCAGGAAACAAGCUUGGACAGGGUUCCUUCGGCCGUGUCUAUCUGGGAAAGCUGAAUAACGGCGAGAAAGUUGCCAUCAAGGUGCUCUCCUCAGAGUCAAGGCAAGGAACAAAGGAGUUCCUGAAUGAGCUGAGUGUCAUAUCCAACAUAACCCAUCACAACCUUGUCAAACUGCAUGGCUGCUGCGUCGAUGGAGGCCAGAAGAUGCUGGUCUACAAUUAUGUGGAGAAUAACAGCCUUGCACAGACCCUUUUUGGUAGUUCUCGCAGUGGCAUCAUCUUUGACUGGAGGACAAGGGUGAAGAUCUGCAUUGGUGUAGCCGACGGACUCACAUACCUUCAUGAAGAAAUCCAUCCACCGAUUGUCCACCGUGACAUCAAAGCGAGCAACAUUCUCCUUGACAGAAACCUCAGCCCCAAGAUAGCAGACUUUGGGCUGGCAAAGUUCUUCCCAGGCAACAUGACACAUAUCAGCACAAGGGUUGCAGGGACUCUAGGAUAUCUCGCGCCGGAGUAUGCAAUCCGAGGGCAGCUAACCAAAAAGGCUGAUGUCUACAGCUUUGGUGUACUGCUGCUGGAGAUUGUCAGUGGCAGAUGCCACACUGAUCCCAGCUUACCUCUUGACGAUCAGUUCCUCCUAGAAAAGGUCUGGAUGCUCUACGAAUCCGGUGAUCUUGAGAGCAUCAUUGACAGGACCCUGAAGCGUGAUUUUGGCACCGAGGAAGCGCAUCAGUUACUGAAAAUUGGGCUUCUGUGCACCCAGGACAGCCCCAAGAUCAGGCCCUCCAUGUCAAUGGUCGCCAAAAUGUUAAAGGGUGAGUGUGCCGUUGGUGACAAGAUCAUGAGGCCCGGCCUGAUCACAGACGUCAUGGACCUGAAAGUCAGGACAGUAGAGCCGGUCCAGUUUAGUUUGUCUCCAUCAAUGUCUCCUGCAUUGAGCAACUCACAGUUGUCCACACUUGCAGUAGCUGGUAGCACUGUUGUAGAGAGCCCCUGAUGAAAAAUCAGCAAGUUGAAGGACCAGAUGCCUGAGAAAAAAUGGGCUGUAAAUUGGAAGGAGCAUUGCUUAUUUUUGCUGGUGAUUUAGCACAUUGUAGGAGUGUCAAUUUGUAUAUAUAUCAUCCUAGUUUGAUUAUACAAGUGCCACUUAAAAUCACAUAUUGAUUCAAAUGCCAAAGCUCAAGAAGUUCAUAACGGCA